CUCUCAGCACUCCAGCAUUGCUGUGCAAGCAGAUGUUCUGUCCUCUGAUGCCAAUUCUUAAAAUUUCCGCAUUUGUUGAAGGUUUUCUUCCACACGAAGGCUGCAAAGUGACAAGAACCGACAGAAACCGUCUCCCUCUUCGACUCAGAGACAGAGGGAGAGUUUUGAAGGGAUAGCGGUUUUGGAGAAAUACAGUACAGGCUACAGUAAACCCUCGGUGGCGUGCAAGGCAGCAGUUUAUCCACCACACCUGUGAUGCGUUGUUCUGAGCAACGAAGACGCACGACCAGGAUGCUGAUGGCCACGGCGCGGCAGGAGGAUAUGUACUGAAUAAAACACUUGUGCGUUGUGAAAAAAGCCUCUAAGUGAUACAGAGGACACUCAUAGGACCUAAAAACGACCGGCGUGCCGCUGUUUUGUCCCUACUUCUCUGUCUUUUUAAACUUCGGUGAUUAAAAACCACGAAGAUGCCCUCACUUCUGGGCCCCUUUGUCCGCUGUAGGUUCCGGGCUGCGCUCCUUGUGCUCUGGCUCGUCAUUGCUGAUUUCACGUGCACUGAUGGUUCAGAGCAUGCUGAUACAGCAGCACUUCCCGCUGCCUUCUCCGACCUCUUACCUCACUUCCUGGUGGAGCCGGAGGAUGAGUACAUUGUAAAGAACAAACCGGUGACUCUGACCUGCCGCUCGACCCCUGCCACACAGAUUUACUUCAAGUGCAAUGGCGAGUGGGUUCACCAAGACGACCACUUGAUUGAGCGGACUGUUGAUCCAGCCACAGCACUGCCAGUCAUGCAGGUGACGAUUGAAAUUACCAGACAGCAGGUGGAGAAGAUCUUCGGCCUCGAUGAGUACUGGUGUCAAUGCGUCGCCUGGAGCACCACCGGAACCCAGAAGAGCCAGAAAGCGUACAUCAGGAUUGCUUACCUGAGAAAGAACUUUGAGGAGGAGCCGCAGGGUAAAGAGGUGGCAUUGGACCAGGAGGUGUUACUGCGCUGCCAUCCCCCCGAGGGAGUGCCACAAGCCGAGGUGGAGUGGCAGAGAAACGAGGAUGUGAUCGACCCAGGGAGUGACCCCAAUUUCUUCAUCACGGCUGACCAUAAUCUUGUCAUCAAAAAAGCCCGACUGGCUGACACAGGCAACUACACAUGCGUGGCCAAAAACAUUGUUGCUCGCCGCAAAAGCACCUCUGCCACAGUCCUGGUCUAUGUCAACGGCGGCUGGUCCACGUGGACCACCUGGUCGUCCUGCAGUGCUGUGUGUGGGCGUGGCUGGCAGAAGAGGAGCCGGAGCUGCACCAAUCCCACGCCACUGAAUGGAGGCACAUCCUGUGAGGGGCAGAACGUCCAGAAAAGUGCCUGUGUGGCCACCUGUCCAGUGGACGGAGGCUGGAGCGAGUGGAGCAAGUGGUCAGCGUGUGGCGCAGACUGUUCGAUGUGGAGGACCAGGGAGUGCACUCAGCCCUCACCCGGCACAGGAGGCAAAGACUGCCAGGGGCUUGACCUACAGUCUCAAAACUGUACCAGCGAGCAGUGUCCGCAGACCGUGAAUGGGGCAGAGGACGUUGCGCUCUAUGUGGGCAUGGUGGCAGUGGCCCUGUGUCUGACUCUGCUUCUCAUCGUGGUCGUCUUGGUCUACAGGCGCAAGAAAGAGGGUCUAGAUGCUGACGUGGCAGAUUCCUCCAUCCUCACCACUGGCUUCCAGCCCAUGGGCAUCAAGCCCAGCAAGCCAGGUGUGUGGGCACCGCGGCCACGCAGGCCGACCCACAGCAAGAACUCCCACUUGCUCACAAUCCAGCCUGAUCUAACCACCACCACUACCAGUUACCAAGGCACCCUGCGCUCUCGCCACGACGCCACUGGGAAGUUUUCAAUAACCAACGGGCCUCUGCUGGACCCGCUCCCAAAUGGCUCGCACACUCUGCACAACGGCAAGCUAAACUCAGACCCUGCUGAGUUUGUGAGUAGGCUGUCCACUCAGAGCUACUUUAAAACACUCCCCCGUGAUGUAGCCAACACCUCCUACGGGACCUUCAACUUCCUAGGUGGGAGACUGACAAUCCCCAACACAGGAAUCAGUCUGCUCAUUCCUCCCGAGGCCAUCCCCAGGGGAAAGAUCUAUGAGAUUUAUCUCACUGUUCAAAGGAAGGAAGAUUUAAGGUUACCACUAUCCGGUUGCCAGACCCUCUUGAGCCCCGUUGUGAGUUGUGGCCCUCCUGGGGUGAUCCUGAGCCGGCCAGUUAUCCUCAGCAUGGACCACUGCUCUGAUGCAUGCCUCGAUAACUGGGCCGUCCGCCUCAAGAAGCAGAACUACGAGGGCGCUUGGGAGGACGUCCUGCUGAUGGGGGAGGAAAUGGUGUCGGAGCCUUACUACUGCCAGCUUGAGGCCGAGACUUGCAGGCUUUUCUCGGAGCAGCUGGGUACAUUUGCCCUGGUGGGAGAGUCUCUGCACAUGGGUGCAUCCAAGCGCCUCAGGCUGGUGCUCUUCUCGGACGCGUACUGCUCCACACUGGAGUACAACAUCAGGGUGUACUGCAUGGACGACACACAGGAUGUCUUCAAGGAGGUGAUGCAGAUGGAGCGGCAGCUCGGGGGCCGGCUGAUUGACGAGCCUCACAUCCUGCUUUUCAAAGACAGCUACCACAACCUGCGCCUGUCCAUCCAUGACAUGCCCCAGGCGCACUGGAGGAGCAAGCUGCUAGCUGGCUACCAGGAGAUCCCGUUCUACCACAUCUGGAAUGGUUCCCAGCGGUACCUGCACUGCACGUUCACUCUGGAGCGGCUCAGCCUCAGCACCUGUGAGCUCACCUGCCAGCUGUGUGUGUGGCAGGUGGAGGGGGAGGGACAGAGCUUUGGCCUGGACUUCAACAUUGCCAAGGACACUCGGGCACUGGACUCUGAGUUUCUGUUAAUGGACAAUAAUGCAACAGCUCUUGCGGGGCCCAGCGCCUUUCAGAUCCCAUACCUCAUCAGGCAGAAGAUCUGCAGCAGCCUGGAUGCCCCCUGUCCCAACGGAGCCGACUGGAGAAUGCUAGCACAAAGACUUAAACUUGAGAGACACAUGAGUUUCUUUGCAUCCAAAGUGAGCCCAACCUCUGUGAUCCUGGACCUGUGGGAGGCACAACAUUUCCAUAGCGGCAACAUCAACCAGCUGGCCACGGUCAUGGCUGACAUUGGCAAACAGGAAGCUAUGAUAUUCCUGGUCUCUGAUGGCGAGUGCUAACCCAGAAAACGAGGAGAGAAAGAGAGACUGGUGCAGAAGAGAAGUCCCACAACACAAUAAACAUACACUUGUAACAACAAGAAAAGCAGCAGGGAUGGAAGAGCAGAGCUGUCCCUCUUCAAGCUGUUAAAGGUUUAUAUAGGACUGAGUCCCUUUAUCCCAUCCAAGUUAAAAUCUUUAAAUGACAAACACAAUUAGAGUUUGUGUGUGUGGAAAGGCAACUCUUAAUGGCCCCUCAAAGAUUUGACAAUAUAUUAGUCCACACCUGUUCUGCUUUAAACAUUAACCUCACACCUUUUGUUCAGUGGGCCACUCAUGGCUAAGAAGGAGUAAUAUGCAAAUGUAAUGCUAUACUAACAUCACAUAUUGCAAAUUCAUGGAAUUGCUUUUCAUCAGGAUUAAAAAGAUACUGCAUUACACAAAAAGUUGCCAGUCACUUCAGGUGAGAGACAAAAGACGACAUAUGCAAUUGGUUGGUUUGCAACAUGAUGCUAUCAUAGACACACUCUCAUCAACCCAAAUAUAUGUUUGUCAUACAUGUAAAUUAUUGGCUGAACACGCAGACGGCCUGUAGCACGUCCUGCACCUGUGUGGAAGUCCGAAGCAGACUGUAUGUGAAAGCACGGAAAUCCAUCUCAUCUGGUUUACGUGUUUGCUUUUUUAGUCCAGCCGGUAUCACUACUGUGAAUGUAACAUCUUGACAUCUUCAUUCAGUGAGACGCUUCACAGCUUUUUCUGCUUCUAAAUCAAUAAAUGUGAGGCUUGAGCUCUCUGAACCUUCUUUUUUUUUAAGAGGGAGUAAUAAUGUACUUUCAUUGAAGUCACAUUUCAGAAGCCACUUCUAUUUAAAACGUCUGAUUUUGAUCCAUCAGCCUGUAUCAUGUGUUAGAGUAUAUUAUCCCUCUCUUUCAUUGUGAUGUUUUUCUGUUUCAGAUUUUACAGCUAAUGAAGGAGCCAUAGCGCCGAAAGGCUUUCUAGCCACAAAAAAUGUGAACGUUGAAUGUCGUCAAAACUCAUUUCUAAAAUGACAUUUUCUCCUUGAUUACAUUAAUUCCCCCCAUAUAAAAACAGGGCCGAAAGGGUUAUUAUAACAUAUGAAUAAUGUAGAGCACUUUGCCACAGAAAAUCUGACAACAAAUAACUCAAAAUCUUCACAAGAUUAGUCAUGUUGCAAGGGUAAUUGUGCAGCUUUGUUUGUAUUAUUUAUAAAGCGAUGUUGGUGGGAAUUUAAUAUUUGCUGUGUGGGAAACGGUAUUUCCACAUCAGAGAGAGAAGCCCGUAUCUCAGAUAAAAUUGAAAGUGGCUUAUUCAUAAAGUCACUUCUCUCCUCAUGGAAAAUGUUUUGUUUAUUUCCUAAUGAAAGUGGGAAACAUCAUCCGGGAGAUUCAAGCAACCAUCCAUAACUUGCUCGUUACGUUUUUGUAUUAAUUCCUUUAUUUACGGGGAUUCCUUAGUAACAGAUCACUCAAAUCGGGCAACAUAAAUACAGUUUUAUUAAAGUUCACAGGUUCAGCAGUGUACUUUGUAAAAGGUGUGAACAAUCCCCAAACUAGCCAUAGUUCUGUCUGCCUCAGGGUUGCAUGUGAAGCUGUUUGUUUAAAGUUGUAAAUGAAAGCCCCUUUCGUUGAAUUAAAUCUUAUUCAAACAGCUGGGAAAGUCCAUUCUCCCAUCUAUUGUGAUUUCAACCUUUAAGAUCAAGCAAAGCCUUGUUUAUGAUUGUCAGAUAUUUGGAAUGUACAUUUAGGUUUUAUUCUAGUGGGAAAAAUUAUGUCUUUGUUUCUUUGUUUCUUUUUUUCUUUUUAUAUGGCAUCUCAGCAGCUGUUAACUCAUGGAAAUUAUUUCUCAUCCCAUUAAACACAAACCCCCUUUAUUAAGACUUUUGCAGUUCCUGUUAGUAUUUUAUACAGAGAUGCCAUGAAAUAAAUUACCUUUUAGAAACCCUUGAAUUUUCCCUUAUCCCUUAUCCAAUCCCUAAAUGAUGAUCACCCUGAAUCAUUGCCACAUGUAAUAUGUAAAUACUUUUUCUAUACCAGCCGUGUGCUGUCACUUUGCAUACUGUAUAUCAGCAGAAUUGGUAACCAAAGUUUUAUGAAUAUCAUUUGAAUCCACUCCAUCCUCUCAGUGUAUCCAUUACAACAUAGUUUCAGCACUGUUUCUACUUGCCGCUAGCAUAGAAUAAGUCAGAGUUGCUGUUUUCUCUAAACAGUGGACCUUUUUUUAAAUUAAGUUUCUCUCAUUUCCUUGCUUUUGUCCUUUUUGCGAGUUAAUGCUGUUUGUUUAAGCAGUAAUAUGUGUCAGUUUAUUUCAUCACUUUGUAAACAAAUGUAAAUUAUAUUUUAAUAUGAAGCCAAAAAAAGACACUUAACUGGCGCAGCAUUUGUCAAGUCUAAACCGUGACGUGUUUGCCUAUAUACUGUUCUUUGGCGAUCUAGCAGUGAUUUGCAGUGUUAAGGGUUUAGAGACAGUUUCACAGGGCGUGUUUCUCUACACAUUUUGUUUGUCCUUACUCUGCAUACGUCCGCCUGAUUAUUUCUCUUAACUGUAAGCAUUUAAAUACAAGGUGGAAGCGCCCACUGGCGCUUAGUGAAUCACCACUCUGGGACUGUGUGGAGGCUAAUCAGAAAGAGAACGACAUCAGUUCUUGGACACUGACAAGCCAGUGUUGACACAGCAUGUUUAGAUGAGCCAUGGCAGUUGUACAGUCAGACUGUAUGUGAAAUUCUAUCACCCUUGUCAUUGUCUUGGAUGUGUUGCCUAAGCGCAUUUCAGUAAUGUAAUUCACCAGCCGCAAGGAUGUUCAGCAUCUAUCUCCAUGUCUAACUCGUCCAACAGGUCUGCAGUUACUGUGUGUGUGUGAUAAAUACCGUUUUCUUCAUGAAAAAAUCUGGGCCUGAUAGUUCUCUGCAAGACUCGUGUCAGUAAUACACACACACACAUAUGCUUUGUUCAAGGUUUAUACUACAGGUUCACCCUUGUGUUACGGGGAUUAACUGUUGCAUCCACACACUGUACUCUUUGUCGCUCAUUAUUCAGUGUCCAGGACGUAUUCAAGUGUGUGCGAGUUAAGUUGGGUGUGUGCGUGCCUCCCCAUCACUAAAAGAACUGUUUUCUUUUUGAACUAAGAACAAUAGACUUCUGUACUUGUGAAUGGUUUUCUAUUUAGUUCCUUGGUUCAAUGUUCCUUGCCUUUCUGCAAGUCAAAAAUGCUGUAUUUAUUACAUGCCACAGCGCUUAUGCAAUUGUAUAAUCCUUCUUUUGUUUUCUUUGUUUUUUAACUUUUUGUGUUCCUUAUUGUCAUUGUAAAUUGUUGUCAAAACUUUUGUGGCAAUGGAAAAACUUCUGCUAAGGGAGGUUUUCUGUACUUUUUGGACAAUGAUAUGGAUUUGUGGGUAGAAUUUUGGAAAUUCGUUUCUAAGUGCUUUCAAGUAUUUACUUGGCCUUAUGUAUAUAUAUCUAUCUAUGACAUUUCAGAAAGGUAUGUAUAGUAAUUCAAUCCGAAAUUGUUGUAAAUAA